CGGAUUCAUACCCUCUCAUGCGUGUGUACGUAAGAUUAACGUGAUAGAAAGUUAAUUUUGAAGGUUGUGUGUGUGUGUGUGUGAUAGAUAGUGCCACUAUUUCUUCGGCUACACAUCACUAAACAUACAGACAAGUAUGAAGACGCACCUGUCCGACUCAAACAUUGCAAAGUUAUUUAUAGUUUACAUGAUAGAGUCGGACGGGUGACCUUGAGGUCCGUAUUCUGAAACGCUUUCCCCCCACCACAGCUGUUUUCAAGCGUACAGAGAUAACUGGGUUCUCAAAAGAGUUUCUCUUCUUAAUAACGUAAAAAUCUUGUUAAGGUGUCAAACACCUUUACACAUCCGUCUAACUUCAACUAGAGCAUUUUGAAUGUAAUGGAGGUGCGGCGCAGAAGUGUCCUGAGUCACCAAUGAGUGUGUGUAUGUUCACUUAAUAAUAUGCUCACAGGUGGACACAUCUGCAGCAGCCUUACUAAUGUAACCACACUGAACACACAUGAGCAAUGACAAAAAAAUUCCUGCAUUUUGACGCAACUUUCACUUGUUGAUCGAUCGACGUUUUUACCCGUUACGUCAUUAGCGAAUAUCUACACACACACACACACACACACACAUAGACAUUCAUACACACGCGAGGCAAGAGAGCAAAGAUCAUAGUCUCAUGGCAACAUUAAUCACACUGGUGGCUUCACAACGGAAGGCUCAAUACAUGGCAACGUGCCCACGAGGGAGGGCGUGUGUGCGGGCGUCGCCUCCCACGUCCCAUGCCUGAAGCUCGGCCUGUGGAGGUCAGUCAGCGCUAAAACCGCCCCGCCGUACGUGUAUCCUACGCUGUUGUGAAGAUUACUCGAUCGUCACUUUCGUGGUGUUUACCCGGUUUGUGCUGCCGUUGUUCCCUAUGCCACAUGGACGUCCAGACGCGUACUCAGACCGACAUGUAAUGAAUACAGCAGGAAAUGGUGUGGCGAGUUCCCUGCUGCUUGCAGGCAUGUGCUGCACGUGCAGUGGUCACCCCACUUGUCGCUGUGACUGAGUUCAAGAUUCGCCGUCAUCUUGCCAACAUCCCCGCUGAACUUCUAAUUGCCAGGGCCACAGCAGAACUGCUGGUGCGUGGAAAUGAAUAUGAAGACGAUGAUGAAACAUUACAUGUUUAUGCUUCUGGAAGUGAUGACGACAGUGAUGAAGCGCCACAUGCAAGUGCUUCUGGAAAUGAGAUUCCAAUACAAAUGGACACCAUGGAUCACGUGAUGCUGCAGGUGAAGAUUGUAGUGGAGGAAGUGAAGCAGUGGUGGAUGACAAUACCAGGCACAAAUGCAGGUCCAAAACAUGUUCUGGAGUUGGCCCUUGAUGCCCACACUGACGUUCAUCCGAAGCAUGACCAAGACUUUCCUCGGCAUCUAUCACGCUUAUUGCUGCGGUUGGUGCUCCUUCAAGACGUCUUUCUUGACCGAGACCACGGUGACAAGGAUCGGCGUUGUGUGAUACCUUUUGCAUGGGAACGCUGGACAGCUAGGUUGGUGGCUCAACUGGCACCUUUCGCCCAGAUGGUCCAUUUGAAGGUGUAUGGUGGCUUGUACCCCAGCAUAUUAGCCGCAGUGUUGAGAGGAGCCUCACACCUUGCCUCUCUUUAUAUUUCACAUAUUAACAUCACAGAUGAAAUCCUGCUGGUUAUCGCAAGAAAGUGCUCAAAGCUUCACACACUUUAUCUCCUUCAUAACUUUCCUUGGCUAGUUAUUUCUAUGAAGGCAUUUUGUGCUGCAUUUUUUGGUGGUGCUACUCAUAGGGAAGUGAAUUAUGCUUAUAAAAAGGGCUCUCUCCAGGACAUCAAACAAACUUUUCCAAAGCUAAAGAACAUAGAUUUAGCCUAUGGUGAUACUGAAGUGGCCAGAGAAUUUCAUAAACUUUUACUAACUUUUUAUCCUGACCUGGAAAACAUCAACUGCCCCUGGAAGACCACCUACUUUGAGGAUGGAUAUCAGAAUCAUGGCCAUGACGUUCUCAUACCACUUGUAUCUCGGAAGCGUCCCCUUGCAAUUCAAAAUGUUUUUUUUGAUGACAAUACUUUAUACAAUCUUGGGCAUCAGUUCCUGCACCAGCUCACUUGCUGUUGCCCACAGGUACAGAUUAUUACUCUGGAUUGUAACUUGCGAGAACCUAAGCAAAGGUCUGAGGUUACUGGUAAUCAACUUGUGCAGCUAAAAACUUCUUGGAAACAUCUAGCUAAACUGCAUCUCAAUGUAAACAGCAAAAAUCAUUUAACACAAGCACUGUUGUUGCCCUUCCUGCGGGCUCAUGGGACCAAACUCACCACCCUCAUGGUGGAGGCUACAUCACCUGGCCAGAUGCUCCAUGUUCCCACUCUCUGCAUCUUAUUACAGGAAUGCCCUAACCUUACCCACCUUGGGGUGCGGGUGUGGAGCAAGAACAUGGUGGAGGCAGAGCUGGAUGACCGAGGGCAUCUUGGAAUAGCAAAUUGUUUAGCUCUUCAAGAAUUUACUUUGCAUGAAGAAGGUCCAGGAGAUGCAGAUGAGGCAGCGGCAGAGGCAAGGCAUGCAGAGCAGUGGAUGGCACUGCUACAAGGGGUGGUGGGUGCUGCUCCAAACCUGUCCAGCCUGAGUCUCAGCAUAUGUUCUGGACUGGCCUCCAUCUUGAAUAAACUUGCCUGCAAUGUUCACAUCCUGCACUUGCAUGUGAAAGAUGGUUAUGAAUGGCAGCCUACUAUUGACCAAGUGUGCCAGCUGGUGUGUCAGCUGCCACACUUGCACCACCUGUACCUUGAGGAGGUGUGUGGCCAGCUGUACUGGAGACUCAAGCGCCGCUAUCAGCAUGCUGACCUGCAGCUACACUGGGGCAACCUCUAUGGAUGGCCCAGGACUUAACUCUGCUUAUAUUUAACCUCCAUAUGUAACAUUCCAUAUAGACUUGCUAUUAUAAUCAUGAUCUUAAUUCUGCAAGUGAGAUAUCAAAGUUGUAAGUAAUAAUGUCAAAAAUGACAUUUUAUUGAGAUCUAGUACAAUUAAGGGAAAACAUGAUUUUCAAUAUAUUUUUCAAAGUACAAGUUACAUAAUUUUUCUAAUAAAUUCUGCAUACGAUUUAAUAACAUCACACUGUGAAGAAUUACAGUAAGACAAGGUGACAGCCUGGUGCUGCCUGGAGCAUUGGUCCAGAUGCCUCAUCAUCUCACCCACCUCUUUGCAGCACAAAAGGCUAGAGUCAAUAUACAUAAACCACACAAGUAUCACACAUGAUGGUUGCAGACUUUAUAAUUUGUGACAUAUAACAAACAGUACUUCAAGAUUCUUACACAUAAAGCAAGAAAACUAAUAAUAAUUGAGAUCAAAUACUGAUAUCAAGAAUUGUAUAUACAUCUUGUAUUGUUUGGCUGAUACCUGCCACAAUCAGCCAAUGGAUCAGUUUGACUCACCCUGACCAGACACCACAAUGGACUCACUGCCUGUCAUUCCUCACAGUAUUCCACUGCCUUACAUUAUGACUGCUGUUUGAACCAAUAACUGUCUUCUUAUGGGUGACAUCAUCUAACACUUACAACCAAGUGACACAUGAACAAACAUCGGUGAACAGCAGUGAAGUAGCAUGGAGUGAAAUAAGAUUUCCUGAAUAAUGCACUGAGUUAACAUAACACCUCUUAAAUUUAGGAAGAAAGCUUCUAUAAGGAACAUAUUCCAUGUGUUAAAGAUCUGAAAUAAAACAGACAAAUAUGAUGUUAGUACUAUCACCUUGUAAAGCUAUGAUAAACUUAAAUAUGCAGUUUUUCAUUGCAUGUUCUUCAAAAAGACACAUGAUGCCAUAGACUGAGAGAAAAAAAAACAUGAGAUGCAAUAAAGAACAGCAAGCAAGGGGCAUUCAUGAGGGCUAUCUUGGUUAAAUCCAUUUAAGUGUUGAAUAAUCAUUAUACAAAACAAACAAAUUUCAGUAACUGAUGACAGCUUCACUAUUGCUCUUGGCUAAACAACAUAUGCAUUAAAGAUCUUAUACUGAUUAGAUGUUAGAACUUAUAUAAGUUUCUUGUAUAAAUCAUGUUGAUAGUUAAAUGGCAGAACUAUGCUUUAAAAUGUAUGGAAUAUAAAAGGUCUGGGCUUCGAACACUGAAGUGUGGUCCACUUAAGCGCCUCCCUGGCUGGCUGGUGAGUGUCAGUGAGGUUGUGCACUGAUCUUUGUGUUACUUCAUAAUGGUAAGUUUGAUUGUUGCACUGUUUGUGUUCAUGUAUAUGACAAAAAACAAACAAAUAUUGAAGGUAGUAGCACAAAUGAUAGUGGCAGUACUAGUAGUAGUAGUAGUAGUAAUAAAGGUUACCACUAUUGUCAGUUAUGAUAGCAGUGGAAAAUGUGGUGGUGGUAGUGUGAGUCUGUAUGAUUUCUUGUUCCUUUCACAUUCUGGCUGCCUCAUUGUUGUUUUUGUUCUGUCAGCUCAUGGCAAGGAAACACCUCUGCAGAGUGUAAAAGGCAGGAGAAAAGCUGUAUCAGAAAAAAAGUAUAAUGUAAUCUUCUCUUCAAGUAAAUCUUCUAACACCAAAACUUCUCACUGUUGCUGUUCACAUGAUGAAAAACAAACAUGCAUUACUGAAACCAUAUAUGAACUCUAACUAUAAGGUACAUAUUUAUACUUAAUGCAGAAAUAAAGACUUCCUUAAAUGAAA